GGAAAAUAGUGGGGGAAAAAUCGGCAAGCGGAAACACGUGGGUAAAUAGGAAGUGCUUUGCAUUGCGCGGGUCCUACAGUUCUGUGGUAUUACUGUGUGAAACGAAAUGUCGGGGAUGAAUGCAAUGGAGAAGAAAUUGGCAGAAUACAAAUGUGACACCAAUGAAGCGAUUUGUCUGAAGCUAGUGCGUUUCCCUGAAGAUAUAGAAGAUGAAAGUACAACAUUCCAUCCAGAGUACAGUCACCAGCUUUUUGGGGAUGAUGAAGUGGCAUUUGGAUAUAAAGGUCUGCAGAUUCAGCUGUACUACAGUGCCGGAAACCUCAGCACUCUCUUCAAAGUCAAAUAUACAGCCAAAGUGACCGAAAAGUUUGACUGCGUGCAGCCCGACGAUGUGGAAGGUAAGAUCCGGGAGGUCAUUCCUGUGGGGUUCAGCUGCAACACAGAUGAUUUUGUCUCAUUGUUGGAGAAGGAGGCCAACUUCAAGCCCUUUGGCACCCUGCUCCAUACAUUCAAAGUACACAGUGUGGAGGAAGGAGAAGAUAUUACUUAUCAGAUCUACAAAGCUGACGUGUCCACCCCUGGAUUUCGGGAGUAUCAUGAGCGCCUCCAGACCUUCCUGAUGUGGUUCAUUGAGACGGCCAGCUUCAUAGACGUGGACGACGAGCGGUGGGACUUCUUCCUCUUAUUUGAGAAGUACAAUAAGGAUGGGGGGACGCACUUUGCGACUGUUGGCUACAUGACAGUUUACAAUUACUACGUGUAUCCAGACAAAACUCGGCCACGUGUAAGUCAAAUGCUGAUCCUGCCCCCAUUCCAGGGAGAGGGUCACGGUGCUCAGCUGCUGGAGGCAGUCCAUAGGUUCUACUGCACCUCCCCUCUGGUCCAGGAUAUCACAGCGGAGGAUCCCUCAGAGAACUAUGUGAAACUCAGAGACUUUGUUCUGGUCAAGCUGUGCCAAGAGUUACCGUCGUUCUCUACAGAGCAGCUGUCUUUUGGCUUCAGUGAUGAAAUGGUCACAGAUGCCCGUGAGAAGUUGAAGAUAAAUAAGAAACAUGCCAGACGAGUGUAUGAAAUCCUGCGCUUGCGGGUAACGGACAUGGGUGAUGAGGAGAAGGCAAGAGCAUACCGGCUGGAAAUUAAACGGAGGCUGUUCGGCCCUUAUAAGAAAAACCAGAGGGAACUGACCAAGAUGAUGAAGUGCCUUCGACCCGAGGAGCUCGUCUCUCACAUCAGUCAGAUGGACACCCAGCUGCAGCAUGAGGAGCUAGAGAAGAGCUACCAGGAGCUGGUGGGAGAGUACAGGCGGGUCAUCGAACGGCUUGCCCGGGCCUAAUUGCAUCUGCUGCCCUCUCAGUAGAGAAACGGCCUGACCAUUCCCCCAAACCCCUCACACUCACGCUCCUUUCCCAUUCCACUUUUGUUUGUGUACAUGUGCAGUAGGCUUGUUGGAGCAAAGGGAAGCCUACUCUCUCGUGCAUGGUGCCGUUGUGUGUGAGAAUGUGUGAUUGGAGGCGAAUGUCACUGGUGAGACGAAAUUUGUAUUUUAUUUUUUUGCUCAUCCCGGGAGACUAAAAAUUGACACACACACCCCCCUCUUACCUUUCACACUCAGAUCCAGCAGUUGCUCUUUUUUCUGACUGAUGCUCAAACUUUUCUUGAAAAAUCUAGGGUUGGGGAGUGCUUGAUUCGGGAAUAAAGACGUUUUAUAUAUUGGAGAAAAUGUGUUUGGUCUCUUCUGUAAUGAGCUUUUUUAUGGUCAAGGAUGUUGUGUGUAUGUCCUACCACUUGCUUUUGCUUCGUUUAAAUGUAUAAGUCACUUGGGUUUUUUUGGGGGGGGGUUUUUUCGGAUCAUUUCAGCUUCAAUGUGUAUUUUUGAUUGGCCCAGUCUGUAAUGAAGGAUAUUUUAGAUGUUGAGAGACAUUUCUUACAACCUGCCAGUGAUACAAUGGUUUGUAUAGGGGUAUUUGUGAGUUAACAGUCUAAAGCAAGCAAAUUACAGUGAUGCAAUGCUUCCAGAGAUUGUGUGUGUGUUUCCUGAUUUUUCGUGCAAAAUAUUAUUUGGUGUUAUUUUUAUUGCCAAGUCUUGCCAGCACAAUAUAAAAAUUAACAUUUAUCAUUGUAAAUUAUUACUAAAACUGUAUCUGCGUGUAUAUAUGUGCAGCCUUUUGAUAGCUGUUUGGGAGUUACCUUUAAGUCCAUUAUCUUUUUUUAUGGGCACAAACAUCCUUAUAACAGACAUUGUAAAGUUGUUGGUUAUGAGAAGCGUAUCUGAAAUAAACUUUACUGUUCAUAGAAAAAUGGACCAAUAAAA